CGCAACAAUAAUUUUACGCCCGUGACGAAGCAGCUUCCGAUGACCCAUAAUUCUUUGCGCUUUGAAGCAGUUCAUAUGGUGGGUUGUUGUUUUUACCCCACGAGUUGAAUCGCUUUGGGUUUUCCCCCCCACAAAACAAGUAGCUUUUGUUGUUUUGCUAAUUUUUUUUUUUUUACUGCAGACCUCAGAGUUGUCCGUCGUUAGCAAAUACAGGAAGUCUUUGUCAGCUGAGAAGGGCCCGGAGUCACAUGUUUACAUCAGCUGAUCUGGAAUAAAAACACAAUCCCAUUGCUGGCACAAAAUGUCUCAUCUCACAGAACUUUUCAAGUAUGUGGACGACCACCAGGACCUGUAUGUGCAGGAGAUCCCCCUGCCUCCUAUCAUUCUGGGGCAGUUAGGAUCAGACCCAGCAAAGAAGACGGUGUGUAUUUACGGGCACCUUGAUGUUCAGCCAGCAAACAUCGAUGAUGGCUGGGACACAGAGCCUUUCACUCUGGUGGAGAAAGACGGUAAGCUCUAUGGACGAGGAUCUACUGAUGACAAGGGUCCAGUGUUGGCCUGGUUUAACUGCAUUGAAGCGUAUCAGAAGAUCGGAAAGGACCUUCCCAUCAACAUCAAAUUCUGCUUCGAGGGGAUGGAAGAAUCUGGAUCUGAGGGUCUGGAUGAUCUUGUGUUUUCUAGAAAGGACACUUUCUUUAAAGAUGUGGACUACGUCUGCAUCUCUGACAACUACUGGCUGGGCAAGAACAAACCCUGCAUCACCUACGGCCUGAGAGGAAUCUGCUAUUUCUUCAUUGAGGUGGAGUGUGGUGGAAAGGACUUGCACUCAGGGGUGUUUGGUGGCUCUGUUCAUGAGGCCAUGACUGACCUCAUCGCACUUAUGGGCAAUUAUCUUCCCCUCUUCAAGGUCAUCGAUCAUCUGCAGAAGAAGUUUGCUGAACUGGGAAGCCCCAAUAAACUGAAAGUGAACAUGGGCCACGGGGCCAAAGCCUGGGUCUCAGACUUCAACCACCCACACUACAUGGCUGGGAGAAAGGCCAUGAAGACAGUCUUCGGGGUCGAGCCUGAUCUGACUCGCGAGGGCGGCAGCAUCCCGGUCACCCUGACCUUCCAGGAGGCCACAGGCCGUAAUGUCAUGCUGCUUCCUGUAGGGUCCUCUGAUGAUGGAGCUCACUCUCAGAAUGAAAAGAUCAACAGAUCAAACUACAUUCAGGGAGUCAAGCUGCUGGGAGCAUAUUUCCAUGAGGUCUCUCUGCUGGAGUGAUUUGAUGGUGUCUCAUAAUGACAGGUGUAAUAUAUGCUCGUCCUUCAUGUCAGACCAUAAACUUUGUGGGUUUACCUUUCACAAUGAAUGGUUUUAUACACCCUGCUGAUAAUAAAUGUGUCUUUCUUACUUUA